GUGUUCUGCUCUUCCCGACCCUCCCCUGCACUGAGCAAAAACAAAAAAGGGAGAACCCAGCCAUGCUUGAGGGAACCGGUGAGAAAGCUUGAAGAUUUCUCCUCCUUUUCUUGUUCUUGAACCCAGAAAUCUCCCUCCCCUGCUGGAAAAGCCGGAUCUGCCCUGCUCUGCUUUGUCCUUCCGCCGGCUGCUCUUGAUUGUGGGUGAUUUCUGGGCAUUUUUUUCGGUAAGAACAGCCCCUAAUUCCUUUGUUCUUGCUUGAAUUGGCUUGGGUUAACUUUGAUUGCUCUUAUUUCCUUCAAUAUUGGGUAGUUCCCGUGAGCUUCCCCUGCACUUGCCGCCGGCUUCUCUCCCCCUACAGCUUCGGUUUCUACAGCUGGAGAAUUAUGGUUUCCGAUCGUUUUGUCAGUUAGCACUGAGAUUGAGUGCUCGGUUUUAUGGAGUGAGGUAAGUAAAUUUAUGGUAAUGCCCGUAUAGUUUUUGAAAGCAUGUUUUGAUUUGUUUUUGAAGUGGUGGCGGGACUAAACCCGUUUUACACGAGCAUGACUGAUUUGAAGUGAAAUGUUUAUGUUUUUCAUUAAAUUGAGCAUGCCUACUUGAAAGUGAUUGUGAAUUGUCCUGACGAUUUGAAAGUGAUAGUGAAUUAUGAUUUUUCUGUUAACUUCUGCCUGUUUUGUCUACGAUGUGGUCAUGUUAUUCGUGACCCUGCUAGUGGGGGAGGUUAUAAACGCUAGCACAUGUCGACAUGUAGUGAUAGAGCCGGUUCGUUCAACCCAGCUAGUGGGGGUUAUACACCAGCAAAUAGUGGCCCUGUUAGUGGGGAUUAUACACUGGCCGUAACCUAUAGAGGAGACGUCUAUUUUGUUUCUGUACUGUAUCCGUUUUUCUGAUUGCACAUGUUGGCAUGCUAUAAGUUUAAUUAAGGGCACUUCAUAUUUACUUACUGAGUUUAUCUCAUAGUUUUUCCUUAUUCACCAUUUCAGGAAGUGAAACCGAGGACGGGGAAACCACGGGAAGUGACGAGUUAGAAGGCUAGCCAUAUUGUAAUUGAACAUAGAUUUUAAAGAUUUGAUCUUCAGAUUUUGAUGGUAUCAGAGUAUGAUAUGAUUAAGUUCCGAGCCUUGUGCACUUGUGGGACCCGUCUCACGAGUGUACGGCGUCUGCCACGUCCCCGGAUUUGGGUUCUGGGGCGUGACAAUAUGAAAUUCCUCCUACACGAGGAAUUAUAGUUGAUCGAAAACACCGUCUCAUUGAUAUUAAUCCAAAUAAAAAAUUGAGAACUUAUGAGCCUUUUAUCUUGGCGAGUCAAGCUAAACAAGUGUAUUACAUUCUAUAUCCAUUACAUAAUUCUUUUAGAAAGGGAUGGCUUGCUACAUUGAAAUUUUGGGCAAGAAGUUUUAUUGAGAUGCUAGAUGAACAAGAGAAACAACAUGAUGAUCCAGAACCCAUUUUUUAGGAUGAUGACCCUCUAGCUCCUCAACUGACCCAAUUAGAUGUCAUAUUAUGUGAACCUAUUCAACAUAUUGAUGAGACUAUAUUUGCUAUUUACGUAGAAUUUGAGGAUGUGGAUGAUAAUAGAGAAAUUAAGGAAGAGGAUAAAGAGGAAGAAGAAUUUGAAGAUUAUUAUACAUCUGAGGAAGAAAAUAUUGAAUGUAUUUCUGAGAGUGAUAGUAGUGAUUAAUUAAUUAUUAACAUAUAUAAACUUUGUUUAUAGUUAGUAAUGUAUGUAUGUGAUAUUUUAUAAUACAUUGGGUGAUUUUAU